AUGGAUCAAGGCAACGUGGACGAGAUAGAGAGGAUUCUAUUGAACCUCCCUGAUGAUUCAAUCGAUGCGAUCAUGAUGAAGCUGUUGAAAGCAAAGAUGAGCAAGAGGGACAGGGAAGCAACGGGAAAUGAGCCCGAUGAUUCGAGUGCAGCUGCAGCUGCAGCUGCGGCCAAGAAGCCAAAGGGGCACGUCACGAUCAAAUCCCAAGAAGACGAUCAGGUAAGAAACGAGAUGGUAUGA